CCAGCAGGUUCUGUCUUUCUGUCCAUCGUUCUCUCCAUCACAUGCACACCUGCUUCCUCUUAAUUUCUCCUCACACUUUCUCUUCUCUCUCUGUCCGCUCAGUCUCUCUCUCCUCUUCUCUCUCAGUCUGCAUCCUGUAGCCCUGAAGUGCAGUCCUCCCUCUCUCUCUAUCGCGCUCUCUCUCUCUCUCUCUCUCUCUCUCUCUCUCCAUCGCUCUCUCUGCACCACUGUUGGAGGAGGAGUCACUGACACACACACUCUCUUUCUCACACACAACCUCUCUCACACACAGUCUGUGUGACCAGCCCAGCCAGCAGCCAGCAGGCCCGUUUCAGAGCAGGGAAGCCCAGGAGAGACCUAUCCCAGGAUGGAUGUACUGAUGAAGGGGUUCAGCAUGGCCAAGGAGGGGGUGGUGGCCGCUGCGGAGAAGACCAAGGCUGGGGUGGAGGGUGCAGCCGCUAAGACCAAGGAGGGUGUCAUGUAUGUAGGUUCAAAGACAAAGGAGGGAAUGGACGCAGGGGUAAACAUAGUUGCUAACCGCGACCAGGCGAACAUCGUCGGGGACCCCACUGCUGCUGGAGCUGACCUCUUACAGGGAGGCAUGGAGAAUACCGGACAAGCGGAGGAGCCUCAGCCUGUAUACGAGGCAGAAUAUGGUGGAAUGGAGCAGGGAGGAGGAGGAGGAGGAGAGGGCUCUCAGGGCGGCUAUUAGUCAUUCCAGGGACCUCUUCUCCCCAGCCCUCCGUUGGUCCCUUGCUCCCCUCGCCCUGCUGUUCCAGACUUCCAGAUGUUCUACUUAUUGUGACUUGAUGGAAUCGAACCAGAUACAGACUCUUCCAGAUAACUCUAUACGCCUCCUGAUACCCCAUGAGACCCUCUUCUGCCCCCCCACUGUGUUCUGCCCCGUGUAGCUCCCCGCCUUUGUGUCGUUGCUGUCAUGUUGUUACCCCUGGUGUUAUAUUCUCCCUCACACCUCCCAAUACCCUAGAGACCUGCGUGCGCGCACACACACACACACACACACACACACACACACACACACACACACACACACACACACACACACACACACACACACACACACACACACACACACACACACACACACACACACACACAGGGUAGAUGUUAGCAGCCGAUGGCUAGAAAUAGAUGUCUGAAAAGGACCCAGGUGUGUGGAUAUCUGCCUUCGUUGGUGCUCAUCAAAAGAGAAGAAGAAGGAUUGACCAGAUCUGGGCGUGACCUUGUGAUGCUCAGAGCGUGCGGUUAGGGUUACCACAUCACCACAAUUCACAAUGUUCCAGCAAGCCGCAGAAUUAAUGCGGCAAAAAUAGACGUUCAUCCAUAAUACGUCGAAAUCCAAAAGGAAACUCGAGCCAGCAGACAGCUGCGAUGAUUAUUCAGGAUGACAGAACCACAGAGAGAUCAUAUCUGAUUGUAGUGUGUGUGUGUGUGUGUGUGUGUGUGUGUGUGUGUGUGUGUGUGUGUGUGUGUGUGUGUGUGUGUGUGUGUGUGUGUGUGUGUGUGUGUGUGUGUGUGUGUGUGUGUGUUAGACUCGUCAGGGGGUUGUCAUAGAGUUCGGAGAGGGUUAGGAGAGGGGUUAGAGAUGGUUAUGGAUAGAGUUAGGAGAGGGUUUGGAGAUGGUUAUGGAUAGAGUUAGGAGAGGGUUUGGAGAUGGCUAUGGAUAGAGUUCGGAGAGGGUUAGGAGAGGGGUUAGAGGGUGUGUGUGUGUGUGUGUGUGUGUUAGACUCGUCAGGUAGUAGGGCAGUUCAGGAGUGUUCUGUCCACAAGAGGCUGCUGUAGGGACCCGUGCAAUGAACAGAGUGUGUGUGUGUGUGUGUGUGUGUGUGUGUGUGUGUGUGUGUGUGUGUGUGUGUGCGUUUGUUGGGUAUGUGUGUGUUAGAGUGUGUUUGAGACAUGCCAGAAAGCAAUACACAUGUUCUGUUAGUUAGUGUGUCCCGUGUUAGAAAUGACAUAGUCUGAGAGGAAGAAAGUUCCUGCAAAGACUGGGAAUCACACAACAACAGAAGCUAUCAAUAUACACAGUACUUUACAGUGGAUUUGGUCUAGCCUGGGUUAAGUCUGGGUCUAGUUCUGGCCUGGGUUAAGUCUGGGUCUAGUUCUGGCCUGGGCUAAGUCUGGGUCUAGUUCUGGCCUGGGUUAAGUCUGGGUCUAGUUCUGGCCUGGGUCUGCUGGCAGGGUUGGAAGGGAUGAAAGCAGAACGCGAUAUCUGUGGAUCCUGAUGUUGUGAAGGGAAAAAACCUUGUCAUAGUAAUACCACCGAGCAAUAGUCAGACAGACAGGGGGUUGUCAUAGUAACACCACCGAGCAAUAGUCAGACAGACAGGGGUUUGUCAUAGUAACACCACCGAGCAAUAGUCAGACAGACAGGGGUUUGUCAUAGUAACACCACCGAGCAAUAGUCAGACAGACAGGGGUUUGUCAUAGUAACACCACCGAGCAAUAGUCAGACAGACAGGGGGUUGUCAUAGUAACACCACCGAGCAAUAGUCAGACAGACAGGGGGUUGUCAUAGUAACACCACUGAGCAUUAGUCAGACAGACAGGGGGUUGUCAUAGAAGAGCAUCCCACACAGGGAACGAUUUUUGAUUCCAACAAAAAGAGUAAAUGGUUAACGACAGCUGCUCCUGUCGUCAACCAUCUCAGCCACUCAGAACAGGCCUGGGACAGAGUGUGUGUGUGUGUGUUAUUUCUUUGAGACCAAUGGAAACUAAUGACUGCAUGUUGCCUUAUUCUGCACUCAAAUUCACACACACACACACACACACACACACACACACACACACACACACACACACACACACACACACACACACACACACACACACACACACACACACACACACACACACACACACACAGCACACUCAUAAAGCACACAAACAAAAACAUAAACACUCCCACACCACGUUGUAGUUGGCAUCGAAGCGGACUUGCUGAUUUUAUAAACAGUACCAGUGAAUUAAAGACGGUUUUGUUGAAAUCCAAA